GAGGGUGAAGUUUCCAGGUGACGCGCCCGGCCAGACCAAGUGGUGCGGGGUGCGGGUCUCCGGCGCGCAGCGGGGCGGGGGAUGCCAGGGGACUGGGUAACCCCGGUUCGUCUCGUCCUGCCUGCCGCAGAGAUUUCCCGGCGCAGCCUUCCCCAGGUCGGCGGAAGCAGAAGUGGGCCGUGGAUCCGAGAAACACUGCCUGGAGCAAUGAUGAUUCCAAGUUUGGCCAGAGGAUGCUAGAGAAGAUGGGGUGGUCUAAAGGAAAGGGUUUAGGGGCUCAGGAGCAAGGAGCCACAGAUCAUAUUAAAGUUCAAGUUAAAAAUAACCACCUGGGACUUGGAGCUACAAUCAAUAAUGAAGAUAACUGGAUUGCUCAUCAGGAUGAUUUUAACCAGCUUCUGGCUGAGCUGAACACUUGCCAUGGGCAAGAAACAGCAGACUCCUCAGACAACAAAGAAAAGAAAACUUUCAGCCUUGAAGAAAAAUCCAAGAUCUCCAAAAACCGUGUUCAUUAUAUGAAAUUCACAAAAGAAUGGACAAGUAUGGGUGGCCUGCCUGGCUUGAUGUACAGCAGUGCUAAAGUUUCAGCAUUUAUUGUGAGUCACCUGGAGAUCUUGUUAAAUUGCAGAUCCGUUAGCUCUGAGGAUGAUUCCAGCCCUGCCACUCCAGAUGGGAAUGCACCCUCCACUACAACAACCAGUGCCUUCACCAUCCAGGAGUACUUUGCCAAGCGGAUGGCAGAGCUGAAGAAUAAGCCACAGGUCAUAGCUGCAGGGCCUGACCUCACAGAGACCCAAAUGGAAAGAAAAAGGGGAAAGAAAAGAAAGAAGGAGGCAAAAGAUAAAAAUGUGGAGAAUUACACCGAACCCAAGGCCAAGAAGAAGAGAGACCAAGUUGAAUGGCAGCUCAGAGACCCUUGUUGGGACGAGAAUUCUGGUGUUUCUGCUGAGGAUGGAGAGGAUUGUGUGUGGCCGCCUGACGACCAGGACAUGGCCCCAAAGCCCAAAAAAAGGAAACAAAAGAAAAAGCUACAAAAGCAAGUUGAGGUAGCAGUGGAUGCUAUAUUAGAUGAAAUACCAGUGAAAAAGAAGAAGAAGAAAGGUCCCAAAUAAGUUCUCCAGAGCCAGGGCCUUCCAGCCACUCAGAUGUCAGGGCACCACGAGCAAACACCUUUGGCCUGAAGUCAGAACAGAGUUCACCCAAGAGGGCUUUGACAUGCCCAGGGGUUGCUGAGUCUCACCCUCUCACCACGUUUUUCCCAGCGUUUAUCCAGAGAACUUUCUAAUGUUCCAAAUCAUGGCUCUCAUAAACAAAUAAAUUUCUUUUUAGACUGUGA